AUGUAUAUAUGGGCGAAGUCGAGUAGGGUUUUCUUCAUGCCGGAAAAGGAAAGUUUCCCAUGCGAGCAAAGCCUUCUUCUCCACGUCGUGUAUGGGCCGACAUUGUACCAAGGAAAGCUCCAAACAUUAGCCAGGCCUCUUCUCUAUUCGAUCAAGGCCUUUGGCGCUGCUGCUCGGGCCAUUAGACACUCCAAAUCCUCCAUGGGCUUCGUUUACUCGCUUACCGGACAUGUCUCGGAAAUUCCAGUGCUCAUGGAGGGAUCUCUCCUGAUCGUAGAGCUGUUGGGAUGGCGCCUGAAGAGCUUGUACCUGCCCAACUUGCAACAAACUCUAAGCCUCACUUACUCUCUUUUGUAUAUGGGAAAAGUUCUCUCUGUUUAA